AUUGUACAUUCACAUUUGAUAUAGUUUUUUUUUUUUAUUUUGGCCCUCGACACCCUGACCUCUACUUUGAAAUCGCUGCCCUAAAUGACAACAGGAAGCAAAGCAAAGACUGGAGCCUUGGUUUAGCUUGUAGUUACCGUGUCCUGUGUGUAAAUCCCUCAUGGCUGCUCUGAGUAGAUCUGCUUGUCUCCUCUUCCACUUUUGGCGGUCAGUGACUUGGCAACAGUCGUUAAAAAAAUGUAUGUUUUUUCUUUAAAACCUCUCUAUAAUUAUAGAACACAGAUAUAGAAGUUGCCCAUCACACAGCAUUUUUCCUUUUUCCCGCCUGGGACGGAUGUGCUUUUACAUAAAAUGCUUUACUUUCUUUAUAUAAAAACAUCAGCAUGUUUUUAUAUAAAAGCUGGAAUCAUGGGCAAACAGCUGGCAAAAUCCUACUCAUCCGUAACAACUGGAUGUAGAAGAAUGAAAAAGGUAGACAAUUUUUUCCUCUGUGUUUAAGUAAAUACAAAGGGAAAAACAGCAAAAAAACACAGAAAGCCCUGCUGUUGCUAAAUGCUUUCAGUCUUUUAACCUCUUGUUUUAUAUUUGUUGGUCUGGCAGAGAGUGCAAACAAGAGAUGACUGUCUACUACAGGUUAAAUUUCUACCAGGAAUAUGCAAAUAUUGCUAUUCCUACUAACUUUCAAGCUGUCUUUCAUCAUCCUGAAGCAGUUCCCUACUGCUGCAUCCUUUGGCUAUACUGUAGUUUGUCUUAUAGUUUCUGUUGUAGGAGUGAUAGAAAGGUCUUAGUGAUCAGCUCUACUGCAUUUUUUGAAGCAAAAAAUGUUCUUCGUAUUGAAAUAAAAUAGGUUUUAGACAUGUCAUCAUUUCUGUAUCAGUAUUACCUAGUGUUCAUGACCUCUGUUGUUAAGAAUCAUUUGUGUGAAAACCUAUUUGGCAUAAAGUGCUUCUGGAUAUCCAGGUUUUAAUGAGCAAAUGUUAGUUUUGUCACGACACAUCCUAUUCUAUCCCUCUAAGACGUCUGGCCAUUCUUUUCCUCACUUUUAGAUUGUGUUUCAAUAUCCACACUAUUAGUUUAUGUUUUCCGUCAGUACAGCCCUACAGCAGCAGAUUGUCCAGAGUGAGGGCCCCAUCCCUUAAUGCAGAGCCUUUCAGAAGGCAUCAUCUCCUGGGUCAGUUCAGUGCUUGGUGAUAUUCAGUGCAGCCGCCACCUGAGAGCUUCUCCUGUCCCCUCAGGACAUGUUUGACUACUGCAGGUUCAUAGAGCUAGAUUAUGUCCCCAUGGAGUCGGGCUACAUGGUCUCAAUGCGCCCCACUAAAGGCUACGCAUCGACCAAGUCGCCCACUAAAGGAUACACGUCAACAAAGUCUCCGGAUCGCCGCUCGACAAACUCUCCCUCCACGCCACGUUCCCGGCGGCCUCCAGCUGCACCCAGUAAUAGAGAUCCCCAUGGCAAUGCCUCCGUCAGCAGUGGCAGCAACUCAGGCUCGUGUAAAGGCAGUGACUGCAGCCCCACCAAAGGACGUCAGAAGUACACAUCAUGUACGGACAACCAUGGUAUUCGCCCUCCUCCCCCAGAGCAGUACCUCACGCCUCUCCAGCAGAAGGAAGUGUGUAUCCGACACCUGAGAGCCAAACUCAAAGAGACCAUUAACACCCUGCAAGACAGGGACACAGAGAUCGAUACACUGCGAAGUAAGCUUUACCGAAUGCAGGAAGACUGGGUUGAGGAGGAGUGUAACCGCGUGGAGGCUCAGUUAGCCCUGAAGGAGGCCCGUCAGGAAAUUCAGCAGCUCAAACAUGCAGUGGACACAGUUCGUACCCGACUUAGUGAUGCCGGUGGGCUAAGUGGAGACGUAGGGGUUCAAAAGUACUUCCAGGACAUCAAUAUUCAGAAUCACAAAUUGGAGAACCUUUUGCUUAACAUGGAGAUAGCACAAGCCGGACUAGCCAAGGAAGGAGAAGCCAUACCAGGCUGCAGAACCCGUGCCGGGGGCUCAGCUCCGGCAUCUGUUUCUGGAGAAAGCCCUGGAGUUGUACCUAAGUUGCCAGAGGGAGGGAGGGGGUCUUGUUCUUGCGAUGGCUCUCCAGCCCGUUCUCUGACCCGGAGCUCCACCUACACCAAGCUGAGCGACCAGACACUGGGAGACCGCAAUUGCAAUGACGCAGACUUUCCUUGUCUCUCAGCUGACGGCACACAGGACAGCGGAUUUGUGUGCUGUGGAGAGAACAGCGUCCCCAGCCGGGCAGACCUCCUCCUGGAAGCCGCCUACCUCUCAGAGGAAACGGCAUCUUUGCUGAACUCUUACACGCAGACCUUCUCCCACACUUUGCCUCAUUCUGCCCCCGUCUCUCUGCCUCACACCUUCUCCCAUACCUUACCUCAUUCUUUCCCUCACAACAUGUCCCACUCCAUGCCACACACGAUGCCUCACUCCUCCACCUAUGAGAAACUCUGCACAGGAGAACGGCUGGCUCCAUUUCGUUGCAGUUUGGGUGGAGUGAGCUGCAUGAGCCACCCAUGCCUGUCCCACCACCACCUGUACCUGCACCCCCUGAGGGAGGCGGGCAUUCAGACUGAGAGCUGCCCCAUCCCUGCAACAGCGGGAUAUCCCUCUGAUCUGGAUACUAUUGCAGAGCAACGUACAUUUCGCUCUCAGGCCUGCAGCCCCACCUCCACCUGGAUGUCUGAUGAGGGGGAAGAGGAUCUGGACUCCAUCACCACCACCACUUCAGUGACAACAGCGACCAUGAUGAGCACAGCCACUGAACCAAUUCCAGUUUCCAAAACACCACUGGCUCCACCUCUUCCACGAUCGGCUACUGUGGCAUUUUCCAUGGAGAGUCCUUCGUAUCAGGCAAAUGACAAAGUGGAGGAAGAGGAAAAGCAAGAAAAAGAAAAAAGGGAGAAAGCAGGAGAAAAGUUGGAAAACACUAAGGUCAGACAAUCAGAAGAGGAGCAGCAGACAGUUCAAAGCUCAGUGGAAGGGACUGAGGUACUGGAUGAAGAGGCAGAACAAAGAAAAGUCUGUGAUUUAGCAGGAAGAAUGCAGGGUGAACUUAAUUUUACAGGCUGCUGUGGAGAAGACAAGCAAGAUGACCAGAGAGUGGAGGACAAGCAGCAAGAGGCCGGGAUUAGAGAAAGAUCCACAGAGGAAAUGAGCCCUGUGAUUACUCCUGAGCACACCGGACUGUUUCCUGGUGCACAAGAGCCUCAAACAUCCCAACCUCCGAGGAGAUCUAUCUCCCGUGAAGAGAUAGCUGGUGUCACAGUGGUGGAAGUUCACGACGAGGAUGAUGACGAAGAUAAGACUAAUGAACAAGAGGCCACGGGGGUUGCUGUAGCAGAAGACGAGGACUCUGGGAAAAUCCAAAAAAGCUACUGGAGUCGUCACUUCCUGAUUGAUCUGCUAGCGGUGGCCAUCCCUGUGGUGCCGACGGUGGCGUGGCUGUGCCGUGGCCCGGUCCGUGGCGGCCAGCCUAUGUAUCACUUCGGUUCACUGCUGAGAGGCUGCUGCACUGUUGCACUGCACUCGCUGCGCAGGGGCGGUGGCCUGAGACAUUACCCCGCAGGCGGGGGGGAUCUUGGGGGCACACAAAUAUAGCAGAAUGACGUCUUUUUGAUUCUUUACUGUGGUGUGUCACUUCUCCUGUGUGGUCUGUAGUGUGAGACCAUUGCAUAAAGUGCAAGGACAGGAAGAGCAAGAACUUCUUGUUCCUCUGCUUUGGAUGGUAAUAAGGAAUGGGAAUAUUAGGAACAAGAGUUGGGCAUCAAAGAGGAAGACCUUUGACUGAUCAAGUCUACUCUGUUUGACCCUCCAACAUAUUGUAAAAGCAAGAAAGAUAAUUACUUUUUCUUGCUUGGUCCUUGCUGUCUUUACCAAAAUAUCCAUGUACUACUGGCUUGUGCUAGCUGAAUGAACUGCUUGAAAUGAAUGAUCAAUGCUUUGGUGUUGGUUGUUUAAUUUAUUUUUGAAUGUAGAGAAAAUGUCCCUUGCCAUGUCAGCUGUCAGUUAUGACGUAAUACAAUGAUCACAUGUUGGUGAAUGUGUACAUGAAUACUUUGUAUGUAUGUAUAGGCGUGUAUAUGUAAAAUUAAAUUAGAACAAACUAAGGUAACGGUUGUUGACCAGUGGUAGUGGGAAAAAAAUCCACUUUAAUCCAAAGCUGCAGACACUUUUCACCAAUAACUUCAAGAGGUAAUAGAUUGAAUUUGUCUGCUGUGGGGAAAAAGCAUGGUAGACACAGAACUCAGGUAUCUGCUAGGGGUAGAAACACAACCGAUCCUGACAGGCGGCUUUGCACAGUGGUAUGCUAAAUGAACUUCAGUCAAUUUAGCAGUAGAGAUAUUUACGGUGAAAAUGUUGUCUUUGACAUCCAAGCUGUCUGUACCCUCCGUAUGGCUUGUUGACUGCAGCAUAAGAAAUUUGCAGAGCGCAGACUUAAUGGAAAGGCCUGGAUAUUACAGUUCAGAUGUUUAUAAACAGCCUCUUUAGUGUCCACUGAAAACACAAAAGGUUUAGAACAGGAAGAAAACGCUUCACUUUUCUUUCACUUCCUGACUGACACAAGUCUAGAUGAAGAUCAAGGGUUGUUCUCAAUUAAAUGACUGAUUUAGAUGUUAAUGGUUCCCUCUACUGGCCAGAAGCAGAAGUGAAUAAAUUCAAAGAUAUGACAUUUAUUCUUUAGAUUAACUUUAUUCCUUUUCUAAAGGUUUUCUUAAUGACAACUUUAGUAAUGGUAAAUUAUUCAGUGGAAAGGAACUUUGGUUUUGUUCUCUUACCUUUUCCCAAUGUGGUGCUCAGCUGAAAUGUUUCCAUUUUCAGGGGAGUAAAAUAUUCUAGAUGAAAGGAGAUUUGACUACCUUUAGCUCCAGCAAUGGACAAGACAUAACAGCGAAUGGAGGUAAACCAUUCGCCGUAGAAUUGGUCAGACAUUUUUUAAAAUAGAAAUUUAAAUCAUUAAGAGCACAUGACAGUGAGGUCAUGCGCUAAUUAAUGAUUGCAGAGUAAAAAAGAAUACAGAUUAUUUGUGAUUUUAUUAACCUAAAAUCUUACAUGAUCCUUUCUGAGCAUUGCUGUUAUUUUAUUUCUUACAACUAAAUGUAUUUUCUAUGACGGUCAGUCGUUUGUCUGGAUUUCCCAUCUGUUAACUGAUGGAAGAUAAUCCAGUGAAUUUAGCUGUAAUCCAGUUUCACUCUGGGUGCAUGUUAAACAUACCUGUUGGAGUUAAUCUGGCUCUGAUUAGGUGCAGCAGUGCAACAAGUCACCCAGAUAUGUCUUAGUUUCACAGGGACACGUACCUUACCUGUGUAAUUAUUUAAACAAACAUUUUUAAAAAAUGUUAGCCAAGCUGUAAACACUUCAAAAAUACGUAUAUAAAAACAGGUCACUUCACAGUAGCUUCCACCGUCAUGGUGGAAGUUCAAACAGAAGUAAUGAUAACCUAUGAACAAUGUUAGCCAUUACUUUGGCUAACAUUCAGUCAUUUUUUACAGCGAACAAACUGUGCAGGUUUUCCUGCUAGUUUUCUCCACAUGUGGUAGGCUGCAUCCUAUUCCCUUGUUUGCUCUCUAGUUUAUUUGUUGUGUUCUUUUCAGUCCAACCCUUUUUCUGCCGUCUGCUUCUGGAGUCGACACUGAUCUGCUUUCUCGCAGAUUGCUGGUUGUGUUUCUACCCUGAGAUUGUUUUCAUUAGACUCACCUGUUUAUUUUCACUGUAUCACUUGUGUGCUAAGUGUUCUUACAGUGAUUUAAUAAUGCCGUCCCCUCCCGCCCCUCCAAAUGUUUACCCUGUCCACUAAUUUCUCGCCAUCACAUAAUUAGUUCACAGACAACACAUUCAACGCUCAUCAUAUCCUUACACCUGCUCUGAAUCGUCCUUUAGCUAAGAGUUAGAAUAGCUAACUUAGAUAUCUUGAAUAUCUUUGAAAGAACGCUAAAUAAAUCAAAGUUGUUGUUUUUCUUUGUGCGAAUUCAUGAAAUGUUACGGAAAAUUCAGUGUGUAAAUUUUGUACAUUGAGAAAUAUAUUGCUCUUAGACUAUUCCUCCCUAAUUUGUGCCUUUUUAUUUGCCAAUUUCACAUUGGUGUCCGGGGAAUGAUGUGGACCUGGAAUAUUUUCUAUACACAGUUACCUAUAUAGCUGUUUAGUGUACCGCUGGCAGAGUCAGAACUGUUUAGUCAUACAGUGAAAUCAUGAUCAGAUGUCUGUAGAUACUCACUAUCUCAGUUUGACACCAUCAGUAGAUCUGAGUGAAGUGAGUUGUGCUCAGUCUGUGAUCUGUGCUGUAUAUUUCUGCUAACCCUGAUGCUCUUGUGCUGUAGCUGGUCUUUAACUGUCGAUAUGUAUUCUCAAGUCCAUCGUACACAAAUUAGUCCAUCACAAAAACAAACUGUGUGUCUAAAAUUGUCUUGCAAAGACAUUCUAGGAAUCUGUUAGGGUAAACUCAUUUACUUUUUCAAAAUGUGUUGUUUGGAUCCAGUUGCAUUCAGCUGAAUUUUAUUUUCUGUGUAUCUGUUAUCAGGCUGACGUUGGUGUUUGCUGAUGUCAAAACUCAAGAAACAUGUAGCAGAUUGAUGGUUAAGUACCAGUAAGAUAAAGCGUUUUUUACUUAGCAUUCAAGAUACUGACAAAAUACAUUCUGCAAACAUUUAAAAGAAAUAACUACAUUUAACUAUAUUUUAUUACAUCCACAAAUUUCAACGUAUUUUUUAUUUUUAUUUUAUUAUUUAUUUUUUUUAUUUAUUUUUUUAAAAUAAUUUUAUGUGACAAACCAAUAUAAAAUGAAGCAUAAUUUUGAAAUGGGGAAAAAAAAACAGUUUUGUGGUUUUUAAUUUCUUUUUAACCAUCUGUUUUGGUGAACAAAAACUAAUUAUGUUUUAGCUACUAUUUUGUACAUCAACAUUUUGUAUUUUGUACAUCUUUGCCCAUUCUUGAGAAAUAGCUCAUGUUCAAUAAUAAAUAGUAGAAAGUGUCCAGACCACAUGUACUUUCAAUCAUCAAAUUGAAAGUAUAUAUAUGUGUAUAACACGUUAACUCACAGCACGCUAUAAGUUACAAAAUAGCUACAUAAAAAACUAACAUGCAGGCCCAAGAUAAUUUUUUGGAGAUGAAAAGUUCCAACAAAAAUAUGCCAUAUAACUCUAAGGGCUACAGAGGCUGCAAAGAGCAAAAUGACAGCAGAAGGAACAAUACAACAUCACACUGUGUAGUAAUAUUCAGAGAGACAGAACAUUCAUGAAUGACUUCAUAAAAUGAUAUAGGCAAAUACGUCUAUGAUAAAAACAUAAUAUGGAAAGUAAGAAAAUGACAAACUUCUUCAAAGACAGAAAUCACAGAGCGUGCGUUCCAGGAUGACUGUGGCUGAAUUCAGUCUGUGCUGCUCGUCUUCCUCAGAUGAAGGUUCUGCUGGCCUUUUUAUUCUCCUGUAUUCUGGUAUAAAUGUGUCUCCAGUGAAAGUGAAUCUAAAUGUUUCUGUUAGAUGUCAGAGUCAAACACAGACUCAAGAAUCCUCUGGAACCACCAACACGUGAAUACGCAAUGUCCUUCUUUUAUUUAAGUUUUUAACUGCCAUAUAUUGCACUAUUAUUCACUUUAUAUGUUUUAAGGACUUACUUGAAGUAAACUGUACAUGUAUCUGUACUAAUUGUUUUUUCCUCACUGAUUAUUUUUGAUGCUCUGUUAGGUCCAUGAAACGUUUGGUAGUGGAACACUGCUUAAUGGAAAAUGGAAAAUCAGAUAUUUAAUGUUGAUCAUUUUUGUAUGAUAAAAACUGUAAUUUAUCUUCCUUUAAUCCUUAAAAUGAGCUGCUCUUAAAAGGGAAACCUCCAAACUGAUGCUUAUUUCUAUAAUCUGAAAGGUAAAGAAAUUACAACAAUUGUGAGAUUAUGUUUGGGGUAACCAUGGAAACGUCUGUCUAUUGUUGUUUCAUAGAAGGUUCUAGAGAAAGAACAUGUCCUCUGUUGUUUCUCUGUGUGUUGAACUGUAGAUUUGAUCCCUUGUCUGACUGUAUGAAAGGAAAUUAAGAGGCAGAAACCAUGUUUUUAAAAAAAAAAAAGCCAUAUGCUGUAGAGCUGUCAGGGUAAAAGUGUGGGAAUGUGAGAGUCAGCCUCUCUGCUACAAAGUAAUGUAAAAAAAACAAACACAAUACCAGAGUUAUGUGAAGCAAUCCUCCCGUAUCUUGUAGUUUUCUUUCGCAUUGUUACUAACCACAGGCUGCUGUGACUAACAGGGUAAUAAAACGAAGAAAGUUUGAAGUUGUCAUCUGUAGAGACUUAAUGCAGUUUACUGGGAACCUCCUGAGAAAUGAGAACAAAGAAAAGUCCAUUUAUCGCAGUAAGUUCAAACUUAUAUAUUUUCAUAUUCAGCACACAGACUCAAAUCUUUACUUCUAUUUAUUUUGACAAUUAUGUAUUUCAGCUAAUUAAAUCUUGCAGUUUAGGGGUUUUUGUUUUUCUUCAGAAAAUCUAAUACAGAAAUAGGCUGGACCCCCGCUUAAUCGAAGUUCAGUUUUUGCAUAUUUUUUGAAAUAUUUUUCGAAGAAUUUGCCUAUGCUUAGGGUUUUUCGUGGAUUGUAUCAAAAAUAAACAAAGAUACUUUGGUGUAAUGCAACUUGACACUCUAUUGGCUGGAGUUUGCAAAGCAGUCAAUCCAGGAACGCCAAUCAUUUUCCUCAGAGCUGAUUGGCUGCACCCCCAAGUAAUAGAGGACCAUUGAUGUGUCUGCAAACAUGCUAAGAGGGUUUCCACUGUGCACAUUAAUGCAUAUUUAGAUAUAUUUAUUUGGCUAUUACAAUAUACACAGUCAUAAGUUAUUCUACAGGAGGUCUAAACCUUUUGUUUCAGCGGAUCUGAGCUACUCCAGGGCAGCUUCUGGUCCACUGCAUAAAUAUCAACACUAGCAUGUCUGUGAAUUGCGUUUCUUGAAACACCAAUUCCUCUUUGUAAUUCUUCCUCAAACUCUUUAACAAGUUUGGCUUCACAAUCCUGCUGAGGCUGCAGUUUUUCCUGUUGUUUUUUUCAACCAAACUUUUUUUUUUCUUCCAACCAACUUUCUAUUCACAUGCAAACAUUGCUGCAACGCUGUUAGCUGUCGACAAGGCAACAGCCAGUCUUGCCUGUAUCAACUAUACCAACAUUUCUGUAGUAAAGACCUUAGUAAGAUGGUUUUAUGCAAUUACUGGAGAAACUGACAUUUGGGUUUUCAUCAGCUGUAAGCCAUAACCAUCAACAUUAACAUAAAUAAAUGCUUGAAAUAUAUCACCCCGUUACUAAGUGAAUCCGUUUGAUGUCAGAGUUUUUGAAGUGAAUUAUAAUUAGGUGAUAUUAUCCAAUAAUUAAUUGGAUAAUAUCAUCCAAUUAUUCGGAUGAUAUUCUCAUUUACUGACAUGCACAUGUAGUUUAGGUCACAUGUUUCUGUCCAGUCAGGCUUGUUGUACAGGAUCUCCCUGCUUCCUAAACAGAAAUGAUUUUGCAAUAUUGGCCUCUAAAGUCCAUAUCUUAAAGUCCACAUUUUAUAGAGUUUUAUUAAUUGAUUAUGAUAUGGGAAGAUCUCUUACUGAUAUUCCCUGUUUUUAUUGUUAACAGGUACAACUUAUUUUUCUGAUGCAUGGGAUAUACAUUUUGGUUUUGUAUUAUAAAACAGUUUCACCUGAGGUCAAUUCAAAUUGACAAGAUUGUUGCACAUACCUAUUGAGGAAAAUGUGUCUUGCUUUCUUGAGAGUUGCCAUCCAGUUGAAGGAGAUUAUUUCAAUUAAUCAAAACGUGAGCAGGGAAAAUUAUUUGUUAGAAGCAAAUACAUUAUGUCAAAAUGUUUUUGGUUGGGCUGGAUGUUAAGCGACAUCCAAUCAAAAAUUACCAGACAGCUGAGGUAUCCAGAUAAAAGCUCCUUUUUUCAACCUCAGAUUUCCUCCAGGGGGCGCCACUGCUCACUUCCUGUAGGCGGCUUCUCACUUUGAUGAACUCUGGUUCAUCAUAGUUGGGCCAAGACAAAAAUUGUCUUCUGCCAUUUUAAAAUAGUCUCAAAAUGUUGCUGAUGUAAAGCAGAUAUCAUUAAGAGUCUUUAAAGUAUCAUCAUAUUUCAACAAUAUAGUUAUAUUUACUCAUGCAUAUUUAUUUGCUGCAAAAGUAAUACUGUACAGUGUAAGAAACUAUGGAAAGUAACUUUUAGUGCCCCUGAAAAACCUGGACAUCUGUAGAAUGAGUUUGUGAUUUGCUAUAACAUUUAUGACAUUUAAAUUAAUAGAAGUCAAGAACAAUCUUAAAAAUGUUUUAUUGGAAAUGAAAUAACAUUGCUUAAAAAAAAAAAUCCCAAAAUUACUUUUACUGCAAGAAACAGAUCUUGCAUCUCUGUUCAAAAACUCAUCCUUAAAAAAUCUGAACUAUCCCUUUUAAAUAAAGCAAUGUGGAGAGAUGGAACCAGCAGCAGGUUGGUGUGCAGGACCGAUGAAGACUUUGAAAAACAAACAUACUAAAGCAUCAGAUGGUAGAAUAUUAAUUCUCCUCACAGUCAUGAAAUAUUAAAUCAAUUUCCUCAGUUUCCGGAAUAUUUGAGCUUUGAAAAUCUACUGAUAUUUUGCCCUUCAAUGACUUUUGAGCAGAACCACAUCAUGUCUUGUUCAUGCUCAUUGUUUAAACAAGCCCUUUUGGUCGUUUUGAUAUUUUGUACACCACUUACUUCAUAUCAUUUGCCUUUCAUGCACCUGAAUGUUGAAUACAGUAGAUACUGCAUUUUAAUCAAGUUGGGCAAUAAUUUCUAAUGAAAUAUUAAGAUUAUUAACAAUGUCGAGCACAUUAAAUUUAGUUGUCAGUUUAUAUAUUUAUAGCACCAAUUCACAACAGAUAUUGUCUCAAUAACAUUCACAUUGCAAAACACUCAGAUGAUUUAGUGGAACUAAGAUGGUUGCAGUAAUAAAUUAAAUUCUUAUCACUAACAUCAAACAUAUUUUUUAAAAACUUUUAUCUUAAUGUUAUGAAUUAUGCAGGAACAUGUGUUACAUAAAUUACUAGUGUGCGUGUGUGUGUGCGUGUGUGUAUGCGUGAUCUUGUAUUUGUUAAAUUGCAAGGAUUGUUGUCCUAAAGCACACCACAAUGCAGGGACCAAGAGAAGUGCUGCUUGUGGGUUAGGUUUGGACUAAGGUGUGAACUGAGUUAAGGUUAGGCAUGUAGUGGUUAUGUUUAGGUUAAAGGUUAGACGGUAGAAAUUAAUGGAAGUCACUGGAAUGUCCUUGUAAACACAACAUACUUGUGUGUGUGUUCCCUUCCCCAAGUAACCCUGAUAUAUUCUAAGGUCUAGUUCCUUAUCAAGCCUGUUCAGGCGUCUGUUAUCCUGUACAGAAUUUGAAGCUUAUCUGAAAUAACUAUUUUAAUGCAAUAAUUGGGUGUGCAGUGAAAAAAAACAUAAAAACAAAUGGGGCCCAGGUCCCUCCACCCUGUAUGAAGUCAAAAAUAAACUUGUUAAAAGAG